AUGUCCGCAUCGAAACCAACCCGCGGAGGUCCGUUGUCACGACAGAGGAACUUCUACUCUCCCUUGGACCUGCCAGACCAGGACGACGAGGAAGUGCUUCCGGAUCCGCAAAGAGAAGAGGAUGACGAGCAACCUCCGGCACAAGGGAAUCGGUAUGCACAUCUGGCUUUGCCUCAACGUGCCCCCGAAAACCUCCCCACACCUUUAUUGGAAGGAUCGGUUUCCCCCGAGAAAUGGACUGUGAAGACCAACAGACGUUUCCACAUUCCCGGGGGGUUUGAGUCUGAGGAAGAAGGCAGUCUGGACGACUGGGGAUCAUCUGAGGACCUUGAGCCCGAUCAGCACCUCGUAGUACGGCACAGUGAACCGGCUAGGGACCCUAGGCACAAAGACCAGGCAAACCCUCAAUCAGAAGUCGAAAGUUUGGGAAAAGGGGUAGAACAUCAGUCUCGGAGUCCGCUGCCACCAGCUCCCCGUCCCAGUUCCAGCUUGCAAGCCACGGCGCGGUCCGUAACACCGAAAACCCCUGCAUUACCGGCGUCUGAGCCAUCUCCCGGCAUCGGGGAACAAAAAGAACCGUCAGAAGACUCACCUGCAAAGAGGGUUGUCGAGCGGAAGGAUAGGGUCAGCGGUGCCACAUUCGAUAGAGAAGGCGACAGGGACGUGGUCACAACGUCGGCUCGUGAACUUCUCGAGGAAAAGUCCCUGGUCCAACCGAAUCGUAGUGACGGCCGGGGCCAGAGUGGCCCCAGCGACGCGCAGCUCAUUUCCCAAUCGCGACGAGGCCGUUCACCGUACGGCGUUGAACGAACCGUGUCUAGUGCCCUGACUGAUAGUCGUACUAGCCACCAGAUAUCCGGAAAAGAACUCCCGCAGGGCUAUCAGCAGAAAGCAUACAACCCUCCAUCGCACGGUAUGGCAAAAGAGCCCACAAGCCUUGAAGAUACCAUGCAACAACAAGGUCGUAGCGGUGGGAGGGAACGUCGAGCGGGCCUGGAGAGGUCCAUCACUCCGUCUGAUAGACCUGAGGCUGGGAUGGAGGAGCCAUCCCCCGAGGAAGAUGCUCUGCCGCUACCAGGCCAAGCUUGCCGGCCUGACAGGGAUCGGCCGCCGUCGAGAGAUGCUAGACAACAGUCGAUUAGAAAAAUCACAGAGCUAGACGAAAACCAAUCAAGAAUCAAUCGCCCCGCGCCACCGGCAGCACACGAUGGUGUUGGGGGUGCGCCUGCAAUUAAUACCCCUCAACCUCCGGCAGGGGAUACCAAAGAUCGACGCAGCUCACAGUCUGACGCACGCCGGGAUUCAUACACAGGAUUCGUAUCUAGGCCACGCUCUGAUAAAGACCCCUCCGGAUUAAACUCCCGUCCGCCGUCCACGCGUCCCCAAGAAGACCAGCACAGCAACGUUUCCCAAACCACUGAGCACCGCAGAAAACACGGUCCGAUGCAGCAAGAUCGGGAGAGGCAUGGUGCACCCAUGCCUUUGGAAUCGACGCCCGGGCCCGUAGAUCACGCAGCUGGAGCAACUGCCAGUCACCCAUCCAGACAUGAUCACGGAAUCUCAUCCCAACGCCCUUCCCAGCCGACUGUAUACCCCUCCGAGUCGGAAACAUCUCUACCGCGGGAUGUGAAGGGUAGUCCCAGUGUUAAUGCCACUCGCCCAUCGGGGCGUCAUCCUGACACGCUACCAAUAAGGCCUCCCCAAUCGAACGCAGGGCUCUUAACGCCUCAAACGGGUCACAACGACCGAGACAGGCACACGAAUACAGAUUCCGGGAGUCGGCCCCGGGGGAUACUCGGAAAGCCCCAGCAGCCGCAAACCGCAUCAUCCGCCGGAAAGGCCCGCAUGAUGUCCGAAGACCAAAGCCCGCCCGCUCCCAGGCAGCGGGCUGGACAUCAGGAUAAACCGGCUUCUCAGCCACCCGAAAACAUGGCUGCGGCUUCUGAUUCUGAUAGUCAUCAAAAGACAACUGGGUCGACGUCAUCCAGGGCUGCUACCAACGACGCCGACUCGCAUGAUGCUGGGCGACAGCAGCCCUCUCCUCCGCUUGGAGGCGACAAAUCGGCGGGGAACCAAAGUUAUCCACCUCACGGGGGACGGCAGCCUCAGAUGCCUAAUGCUCCCGUCAAGAAAGACCCGCAAGAUCGCAGAGACCCUCCGUCUCAGAAACAGCAAGGGCAUGAACGCGGCCAAGGAGUCCAGAAGCCCCGGGAAGACCAACAAAAAUCCGAUUCUAUCCCCAACAAUAUACCCACGACUGAUCCAGCUGAGACCCGGCCCUCUGCAGCCUCUAAGGUUGGUCCCAGGCCCAAGAACCCGGCACCAGGUGCCGCAGGUGCCGGAUUUAACGAGAAUCACGCCACAACGACCCCAGCAACAAAGCAUCGCACCAAGAAAGAUGCUCAGGAGACUGUUCCGCCGUCACAAAAGGGGACUCCGGAAAAUACGACAUCGGACACCGGUAGAUCCAUAGGGGACGAGCAACUCCAAGACCCGGUAUCGACCGACCGUCCCGAUCCAAAUCACCGAGGAGACUUCGAUUCUUCGGCCCCCGGUGCUGGUACCGAAGACACGGAUUAUGCAACCGUUGAUGCCGAUGGGAAAGGAUAUAAUUUGUUAGAGGAAGACGCACGGCUGCAGGUGAUAAGCGAGGAGAUCUUCUCUACGAUACUUGAAGGAGAGCUGUCAGAACUGUUAGCGAAAGCCCUAGGAGCCAGACGCCUGUCUGCGUUCUCGAUACUUCCUACAUGGCGACAGGACGAACUGUGCCGUGAGGCAGUGGAGCAGGCAACUGCAGAACUGUCGGAAUUUGUCGAUGCUGUCGUCAGUGCUCAGACGGACUCCUAG